CCUCUUCGCAUCGAGAUGGGGAAUGUCCACACUUGCGGCCCUAACGAGGCUCUCGUCGUAUCAGGCGGAUGCUGCGGGUCCAUGAAGAAGCGGACCAUCGUCGGCGGUUACGCGUUCACCUGGUGGUUCGUGACCGACGUGCAGCGACUGUCUCUCGAGGUGAUGACCCUGAACCCGGUCUGCGAGAGCGUGGAAACCGCCCAGGGGGUUCCCUUGACCGUCACCGGCGUGGCCCAGUGCAAGAUCAUGAAAGCCGACGAAUUGCUGCACACCGCCAGCGAGCAGUUCCUGGGGAAGAGCGUCCACGAGAUCAAGUCGACCAUUCUCUCCACCCUGGAGGGACAUCUUCGCGCGAUCCUCGGUACCUUGUCGGUGGAGGAAGUUUACAAGGACCGGGACCAGUUCGCCGCUUUGGUCCGCGAAGUGGCAGCCCCGGAUGUCGGUCGGAUGGGCAUCGAAAUCCUGUCUUUCACUAUAAAGGACGUUUACGACGACGUGCAGUACUUGGCAUCUCUUGGGAAGGCGCAAACCGCGGCUGUCAAAAGGGAUGCGGAUGUUGGCGUUGCCGAAGCGAAUCGAGACGCUGGGAUUCGGGAAGCCGAGUGCGAAAAGGCAGCGAUGGACAUCAAGUACAACACCGACACGAAGAUCGAAGACAACGCGAGGUUGUUCCAACUUCAGAAAGCCAACUUCGACCAGGAAGUUAACACCGCGAAAGCCGAAGCCCAACUCGCGUACGAACUUCAAGCCGCCAAGAUCCGUCAGCGAAUCCGAAACGAGGAGAUACAAAUCGAAGUCGUGGAGAGGCGCAAGCAGAUCGAAGUCGAGGAACAGGAAGUGAAGCGAAAGGAACACGAGCUUCAAAGCACCGUCCGCUUGCCGGCCGAAGCCGAGCACUACAAAAUCGGAAAGAUCUCCGAGGGCAAGAGAACCCAGACGGUGGACGGAGCGAAAGCGGAAGCGGAAAAGAUCCGUUUGAUAGGAGAAGCGGAAGCUCACGCCAUGGAAGUCGUCGGGGUGUCGGAAGCGGAGAGAAUGAGUAUGAAAGCUGCGAUUUACAAGAAGUACGGAGACGCCGCGGUUCUUAACAUCGUGCUGAACGCCUUGCCUAAGAUUGCUGCGGAGGUUGCUGCGCCAUUAGCUAGGACGGAAGAAAUAGUUCUCUUAGGAGGAAAUGACAAAACCAGCGGGGAGAUCAAUCGACUCGUUGGCCAGGUUCCCCCGGCCGUUCAGGCUUUGACGGGAGUAGAUUUGUCAAAGGUAUUAGGAAAAAUACCGGGGGCCAAAUAAUAAUCUUUAAUUGUGAAUCCAGUACCCGGAGGCGCGAUUUUGGAAAGCCGAGGAGGGAAAUCAAAGGUAAACUUUCCGCUGCUACGCCUCCACUUUUCUGCUUAUCCGCUAUCCAAGAUCUGCCAGCGGCGUGCAUCUUUUCUCAUUUCCCCGAAUAAUAUAUAAAAAGCAUUGCUCUAACAUUCCUCGCCAUGACAUGAGAUAUUAAAUAUUGCGUGUCCAUGGGCGAUAGACCAUGUUCAACGUGCACGAAUUAACGCGAUUAACUCGAUUACUACUUUACUCGUCGUCAGGCGGAAGAUACGUAAAUUUCGUGGUCAUCUGCGAAACGACGAGAUUAGAUAGAAAAUCAAUUCUCUCCGGAUGCCGCUAAACCGCGUUUAUUCACCCUUUUCCCUUUUUCUACUCUUUCUUUCUUCGCUAAAAAUGCAUCUGUACGAUACACUUCGAACAAAGAGAUAACUCUGUCCAGUACUAAUUUCCAAUGUUAAAAGGCGCACUUUCUCCGAGUGCGGAAUCGAAUCAAACAACAAAUUUAUAUUUUAUUGUAAGGAGUAAUUUUUGUCCCUCGAGUUUUCAGUACCUUUAGCAAAGUACCGCUGCCAUAUUGGAAUGUUAAUCGACAAGCCACAGAUCUUUGACAUAAGUACAAGUUUAUGGUGCAACGGAGUGGGAUAAAAAAAUGACUUCCAACGGGUAUCAUUUGAGAACAAUCAUUUUCUUUUCGUAGAUCCCGUUGCUCCGAUAAUUGUCCUUACGUCAAAGGCAAAUCGAACUCAUUCGGCAUAGGAAAUCAUAAUUUUUCAACGAUAGGUUUCUACAAUUAUAAAGAAAUUGUAACCAAAUUAUAACCAGAAACGCCUCCAAAUUGUAUGUUUAAGAGAUUGCUGGCGUGUGUGUGCAUUACGUGCGUUUAGUCGAAGGACAUUAGUUUUUAUCCAACUACUUAUAAAGUUGUAAACAAAGCGUGCAAUUAGAAUCUUUUUGGCAACUCGACUGUUAGCGAUUUUUUCACCGAGACAAUAUCCGGGAAAUACGCGAGCAGGACCGUGUCGACGUGUUCGUAAUUGAACGAUUUUUCUCUACAAAAUGUUACACAUUGUUUCGCAUAGGUAUUCACAUCUCGUUUUCAAGCUCUUGACAUAGUCCGAGUUUGAUUUUGAUCGUGGAAUUUUGUAAAUCAGACGUGCAAAAGGCGAGCUUGAGAAACCUCAUCUCGCUCCUUAUGUUCCUUAUAUUUGUAAACGAUUAUUACAAAUUCCAGUUAUUUCUCGUUAUUGUACGACGCUUUCUAGUAUUCUAGUACGACGUAUAAUAGCCUCACGUAAAGAGACAGUACAACAAUGAGCUUAAAUGAGACGUGAAUAUUUACAGGAGUAGGAAAAGGCGGAUAUUUUUUUUUAUAAGCAAAUGUGGAUAUACCCCGAUUUGUGGAACGUAUAAGAACGCAGUUUUUUUCCUUUUGUUUUGGCUCUCUCGCCUCCGUUGAAACCGAAAAAUUCGCGCUUAUAUCUGUAUUUGGCGCGAAAUGCCGUCGAGUUUCUUUAUCACUAAAAUUUUGAAAGUGAGUCCUAUUAAGCUCAAUCUUGUAUAAUUAAGCAACAAAUUUACGUAAAUUUUUAUUUCGAGAGAUACUGUGCCAUAUGUGUAUAGAUUAACUAAUUUUAUAAUUGUUUUGAAGAUGCAACGAGACCUCCGAAUAACCGACCGAGCCAUUUUUUUAAUCACAUUUUUCUGCUCUCUUCGUUAAGGCAGAUUAUUAUAUCGAGCCGGAGUAAAAUUAAUAGAAAUUAAUUACCGUCUUAAUUACGGAAAAUCGAUGAAAUCUCGCAUCCCUUUCCGUCAAAUUCUCGAGAAAACAAAUAAUCGACUGGAAAUAGGAAAAUAAAAUGUUUUCUGGGAAACAUUUUACCCCAAGCUUGACGACGUCAAUUUUGAGUUCUUUUUGAAUGUAAAGCUUAAAUUGACGUGCUAAAAAAUGAGCGAAAUAAAAAUAGUGCUUUCAGUUAUUACUUAAUCAAUAAAUCGAUUUCGGCAGUAAUUAGCGAUGAGAUGAAUGACGAGUCUAUCGUUAACGAAAGUUUUCACUAUUGUGUUCAACGUAAGUAGAUAAUAUUACGAGAGAAAAAAAAUAGAAAUUGAGUCUUCGUACAAAUAACGGCAAUUGCGAAUUAAUCUCAAAAGACGUUGUAAAUAUGCUUAGAGUUGUUAAACGACUGGAACGAAGAAAUUGAAUUUCACGUAACUAACGGGCCGCUCGAAUUUCCAAAAAUCGCCAAUUUUUUACCCGAUUUUUUUACUCCUGACCAUUUAUCGAUAACUUAUUCGUCGUAAAACGGAAGAAACGUUAGCAGAUUUCUUAUGAUUUUGUUAGUUUAAUGGAAAAUCGGUUUUAAACGAGAAUAAAUAUUAAUCCGUAGAGCUAAGUGCCAAGCUGUACAUUAUUUAAACGAGAAAACAUCUUAGCCAGUAUCUAUUGAUUGUCGAAAAAGAUAUUUGAUAUAAUCGAGUACAAAGAAUUCUCUGAAGGGACUAAGCCAGUACUAAUCUAAGAAGCGAGUACUUUAUACUUUGCACUUCGUUCUUACACACGACACUGGGAGGAAUUACUCGAAUGGCUUCGAAACCUCUUCCUCUUGAAAUCACUUCUUUCACCACACGCGCGAGAGAGAGAAGUAAUCCAGAAAAUUUAUCUGAGUUCACUUGCACUUUGUGUGAGUUCACUAUUCGAGGUACAUAGAGACGUACUGCAAGUGUUCGAUCGACGACAUCACAGAAACUCCAAGUUUCUGGGGGAACGUUGGCUUAGGUUAAGUGACGAUGAAAUUGCGAUAAAUUAAUAGCGAAUAACUUUAGCGUCCUCCUCUAGAACGAUAACUUUUCACUGUUCGGCUUCGAAGAGUAAGGUCCACAUCUUUCGGAGCAUUAUCGUUACUUUCCAAAUCCCCCGAAAAUGUUACGUUUUCGAGAAGUAUUCGUGAAAAGUCUCGAUUCCAAACCUGGAAAAAGAAUUAACUCUUAAUCAACGAUUUUCGUGCAAUUAGAAAUUCUUUCUUAAAUUGUAUUACAACGGAAUCCAGACCAUAUUGUUUAGUUCGAUCGAUAUCAAAAUGUUUUACUGAACCAAUUAAUAGGUUUACUUGUUUAUUUACCUUAGAGACUUUUCAUGACUUCCAUGCAAAUAUGUACUAAGGAACGUCUACCAUGUAAGUUACCGUCUGCACUGUUUCAUCGACAGAUAGAUAUGAAAAGCCGCAAGUUGAUUUUCCUCCGAUCGAGUAGAUAAAUUAGAACGAUAUACAUAUAUACAUAAAUAAAUCUAUAUAAAUGUAUAUUCUUUAAAAUGAUUACAAUAUAGCUAAUAGGGAAACAAUGAAUUCUGUAUAUACUCCCCUGACGAAGAAAGAUAUUUAGGUAAAGUGUUCCACUCUCAAUGUUGCCCUCGUCGCGGAUUAAAUGUAUCGUUUAAUACGAGACGCAAGUCAUUUGCAUUUUUUUAAUUGCGAUUACACGUUGCCCGUAAAGUCAUCUCAACAUUGAUGACAAAGCACUGCGAGUCGAGUGUCGUAUUUUUGCGUAACCAAUUGCCGUAACCUAAAACGAUCUGCCAUCUACGAGUUGGAGAAACUCUGUGGUAAAAGUAAACAAAAUCUUGAUUAGAAGUCUUAAGGAAAUUUUAGAAACGUUUAGAUUUACCUCAGCUAAAGGAUAAUCAUUCUUACGAUUGUCCAAAGCCAUUAGGAAAAAGAAAGAGAAAAACUUGCGACCGAAAGGCAAGACAUCGCGAGUCUCUAAGGACCAUUUUCGAUCGCUAUGACUAGGGAAUAUGGUCUUUACGGUAACGGUGCCUCGAGAUGUUUUACCUCGCAAUAUGAACCAGUUACCACUACUACUAAUUGCAGAUGAUGGUUUUUUAUACUCCAUUAAGGACCUAGAGAACUUGUGUAGGUAUUACGAAUAUUCAGGUGUACUCCUUACCAUAGUUCCCUUAAGUGUGUUGCACUAUUUUAUGUGUUACUGCUUACUGGUGGUACUGUAAAAUGACAUGUAAUCGUACGACUGGUAAUGAAUUUUCAUUGCAAUACUAACAGAGAAUAUUUCGUUAUACCGCUUAGCUAUAUUUAUCCGGAUCAAUUUUUUGGUUUGACCUAAUUCUUCGAUUUACUACGGAAUAUAUUUUCUAAGAACCCAAUUAUAAAGAAAUAAUAAUCGAUGCCAAAAGUUUACCUAUAUAAAUAAAAUAUUCAUAUUGUUAUUUGCAAUUCGUACGAUUAUACGUUAUUGCACAAGAUUUCUUCGUUAAUCGAAGAACUGCUUACUAUUGUUCGAGCUAGUGUGUAAUUAUAUUACGUGUGUCUGCUGUGAAAAGAAACAUCGUUGUCAGGGAAAGGUAUUCCAGUUAUCAUUGUAUUCUUUGUUGCAGAUUAAUUUUUGCGAGGUUAAAUCUUUUAAUUCUCAUUACCUCUUCUCGACAAGACCACAAUUUUAGAUUAUUGAUUUCAGUAUCUCCAUAAACACCGAUAAAUUGAUUAACGUUGCUAAAUUUACAAUUUAUAACAAAGAACAGAAUAAAUUCUACGCCUUAGGUGUUGGUAUGUCAAUUUUUAAAUUAUGGACAUCCUUAAAAAUGUUAAAAUGUCUAGGCAGUCCGAUAAAAGCCUAUGUCCAAUUGUCUUCCCUUGUUGAAUGCAUUAUCAACAUUUAUGGGAUGUUAAACGGAUGUAAAAGAAAUGAGAAUCAACCCCUAAGGAGUAUUUGAAUUGUCUGUUGGCUCUAUGACAAUUUUUUUAAAGUUUUAACACUCCCUAGAAUUGUCGUCAAGAUAUUUUAUCGGUGUCUUCUGUAGAGGCUUUAAUUUUAGUUAGUCGUAAGUCGCACUUCUGACAGUACAAGCGAAAAAUGAGAAGAUACGUUAAUACUUGCUUGGUAAUAAUUACCUACGCGUUAUCUUAAUGAUUAUGUAGAACAUAAAGUAUGUAACUUUCGUUUCAUUUUUUUUAUUUUAUUUUUUAAUCUUAAAUCUCUCGCCGAGUAGAUUUGCCCAAUUAACGUCCAGAUUCCUGUUAUCCCAAUUAUAUAUAAUUUCCCUUAUAGAAAAUAAAUAUACGAAUUAAA